UUCUCAUUAUUCCUUAAGUUUUUUUUUCUUCUCGACGCUUUUGAAAAUUACUACGAAUUUUUAAUUUUGACCUCUUGAAUGCAUCAAUUAGAUUCCCAACAUAAAAGAUACCGAACUUCUAAAGUUUAAAAUCGAAGCACUUUUACUAGGUAGGUAGGUACUCCAAAAGUUGACGACAGACAGGAAAAAAACGCACAUAAUUGACCCAUAAUUACGAUACGCUCAGAAUCUAAAAAGACGAAUGACAUUAAAUAUUGUAAUAACUUUAAAUAUCUUCAAGUCUCAAUUCGUAACAGUAAUACAUUUUACCUUCACUCUUCAGUAGUCAUCAGUUAUCACUGAUAACAGAUAAUAAUAUUACGUUGAUGCUGUGAUCUGCUGGGCUUACGACAAACUCCCACCGAUACCACGUUAUCGUAUUCAUCGUUAUCAUAAUAAUAUAUUGUAAGAGUUGUGUUAUCUAAACAGACCGAGUAGAUACCACUUGAUAUUAUUGUGUACAACUGUUUGUGGAUUAUGAAUGGCACCGACCGAAAUGUUUUUUAUUUCUACAUAACGUUUUAAAGUAUUUUAGUCUUCCAAUUUUUAAAUCAAUACAUUAUGGGUGUCCAAGGCUUAUGGAAAUUAUUGGAAUCUGCUGGAAAACCGAUUCCCGUUGAAAAGUUGGAGAAUAAAGUACUGAGUAUCGAUGUUUCAAUAUGGAUGUACCAAAUAAUUAAAGGUGUUCAAGAAAGUGAUCAUGGCGCUACAACAAAUAGACAUUUAAUUGUGAUGUUUCAUAGAAUAUGUAAAUUAUUGUUCUAUGGUAUUAAACCAAUAUUUGUAUUUGAUGGCGGUGUACCAGAGCUUAAAAAAAUAACUAUCGCUCAAAGACAAGCUCAAAAAAGCCGUGCCAAAAAAUCAACUGGAAAAACCAAAGAAAAAUUAUUAAAAAACAUGUUAGAACAGGCAGCUUUAAAAACUGUUAUGAAUGCUGGAAAUGCAUUGACUGAAGAUGAAGUGAUUUCAAAAACUGUUGACAGUUUGAAUAAAGGAGCAGAAAUUGAUUUGUUUGAGCUACCAAAAUUGCAAGAACCUGUUGAAAUAGACAAGACUAAAAUACCUAUAAAUGAAAAAGAUCGGUCAUUCUUGAAUUUGUCAAAUGAAAAAAAUGAAAAUAUUCUACUAUUAGCAGUAGAAAAUCAAAACAAUGAUUUUUUCUACACAAACAUCGCGAAGGACAAGGAAAAAAGUUCUCCUAAGAAAUUAAAUGCAUUUUCUUCUAUGCAAAUUGGUGAACUCUUAAAUGGGUUUUCAGAAGAUCAAAAACGUUUAUCACAAAAAAAAAAUCAACAAAAAUCAAAGCGUGAAAUGACAUUUAAUGAAUUAGAAAUGUUUUUGAACAAUGACAGUGAAACUAUUAAAAAUAUUGACGAAUUCAGUCAAAAAAUUGAUUCUGAUCAUGAUACUGUUUUUUAUUACGAGUCUGGUAUCAACAAAUCAGCCAAAAGUAGUAAUUCAGAGAAUAAAGAAAUUCCUAAAAAGAUAAAAACUUCAAAUUUUGAAAAAAGUGUUGAAACUGAAUCGAAGAGCACUAGCCAAAAGAUUUUUACUACUGAUACCAUUGGAUCACCUACAUUAACAGACGACAUUGAUGAAGAUAUAUUUAAAGCACUUGCUGGUGAUGAAUCCCUCGAAGAAGAUAGAUUAGCUUGGCUUAUCUUCAAUGAGAAUAAAAUAGCUAGUAAAAGACGAUCAAGUGAAUAUGAGUCACCAAAUAUAAAAUGUCCUAAACCUGAUACAGGUUUUAGUAGCAGUUCCGAAGUAUUAACAUCAGACGUGGAAGAAGAUGUAACUAUGAAAAAUAACAAAGUAUCGUCCAAAAAAUAUUCUUCCAGAAGUCUUUUUAUUACUGAAGAUAAUAUGUCUAAUGAAGAUGUAGAUAGUUUUAAUGAAGAAGAUUAUCUGUCAUGGGUGUCGCAUAGUAAAGAUGAACCUAGCCAGACAAAAUUGGAAAACAAGAAUCCAAGUAUUAAUCAUCAUGAUAUUCCAUCUACAAGCAAAUCUUCAUCAUUUCUAGGAAAUGAAGAUAAUAUAUCUAAUAAAAAAAAUAAUAUUGAGGAUCAGCAAAUUAUCAAUGAGUCAAUAUAUUUUGUAUCAAAAUCUAUAAAAACACAAGAAUUUAACACAUUGAGUAAUGUUUCAUCCUCAAUAGAAUCUGAUAAUUCAAACGGCUCUUUUUCUGAAAAUUCUGUCAAUUUUUCACCUGAGGAAAGUUUAUCUGAAGAUGAUAAUAUAAUAUUACAAGAGAAUCAAAACAAACAAAAAGUCAAUAAAUGUUCUAAAAAAGAGUCAGAUGUUCCAAUAGUUGCUAAAAAUGAAUUCAAAGAAAUAAAUUCAACAAAAAAUGUAAUAAGAGAAAAAUUUAAUUCUCCAACAAAAUUAAAUAAAAUAUCUACGAAAUGGCCCGAACCUCCUGACAAUCAAACAAAUUCUAUGAAUGAACAAUAUUUUCAGUCCAUACAAGAUACAUUAGUUAAGCGUCAAAAUGAUUUGGCUAGUUUACAAAGAAAAUCUGAUCGAAUGGCUUCUUCUGUAACACAAAAAAUUACUUCAGAAAUAAAGGGUCUCUUGAAGUUGUUUGGCAUACCAUAUAUAACAGCACCAAUGGAAGCAGAAGCACAAUGUGCUUUUUUAGAAAAAAUCGGAAGAACAGAAGGUACUGUGACAGAUGACAGUGAUGUGUGGUUGUUCGGAGCUAAUGUUGUUUAUAAAGAUUUUUUUGACAACCAAAAAUAUGUAAAACAAUUCAAAAGCAUCGAUAUUAAACAACAAUUUGCUUUGUCUCGAAAUAGUUUUAUUCAAUUAGCAUUUCUUGUGGGAAGUGAUUACACAAAUGGUAUUGAUGGUAUUGGUCCAGUAUCUGCUAUUGAAAUUUUAUCUUUUUUUGAAUCUAAGACUAAAAAUAUGAACAUUGAAGAAAAAUUACUAAAAAUUAAGGAGAUCGCUAACUCAAAAGCUGAAGUAUAUUGUGAUAUACCAUUUAUGAAAAAAUUAAAAUCGACCAAAAUUGGCAAUGAUUUUCCGAAUAAAGCUGUUAUUAAUGCAUAUCUCCACCCAAUUGUAAAUGAAUCAAAUGAAAGCUUUAAUUGGGGUACACUCCAAGUGGACUCAAUCAUUCAAUUUGCUCAAACUAAUUUUGAUUGGGAUGUUUCUAAAACAAAAAGCAAAUUAGCGCCAGUGUUAAAAAAAGUUGCUGAACGGACAACCCAAACAACAUUGGAUUCAUUUGUCAAAGCUCUUCCUAAGUUGAGCAGUACAAAUACUGGUAUGAGUAAACGUGUCAGUCAUGCUGUAAAAAGGUUACGAAAUGAUAGCAGUUCGGUCGAAUCUAAUAAAAAAACUGGUAUUUCAAAAAAAUCAUUAACUGAUUCAAAUGAUAGUACGGAUAAAAAACGUAGGAGACACCUAAAAUAAAUGUUGAUUAAAUUGUCAUAGAGAAUGAAACUGUGCCAAAAUGUAUUAUGUCCAAUGUUGCACGAAUUUUUUUUUUAAAACGAUAGAUUUUAAAUGAUUUUUUCUAUAGAUAUCUAUUGUGUAUAAUACUUUAAAAUUAUAUAUAUAUUUGGACAAAACAACUAUUUAUUAAAUUUAAAUACAUUUUUAUGUGAUCUACAAGCUUCGAUGUUUUUGAUAUUACGAGUAUAUUACUGUUAUUAUUCUUUGAGUAAAUUCAGCUUACAAUUUCUAGUCAUUCAUAAUGUGAAUUUAUUCUUAUAACAUUUUUAAAUAUUGAAAUAUCUACUAACAAAUAAUGAGAGGAAAUUUAAAUAAAAAUUUUCGAUUUAAUACUAUUUUUUUUUAUUAAAAAUAUUCAUUCUAGAAUGUAAAAUAACUUAUUCAGAUAAUAAUAUUUAUAAUUAUUCAAUAAGCGUGGUUUCAGAUGUGACCAUCAACAAUGUACUAUAAGUAUUAAUAAUUUAUUAUUCUCUUAAAUAUUAUUGUUAUAAUAAGGUCUGUUACAUAGUUUAAUAAACAUUUAUUAACUGUUUA